AUGGCAGCCGAACCGAUGACCACUGACCACACAACAGGAGUAGGCUUGAAGCCCCAAAGUCCACAACCCACCGGGCUGUGCCGGGGGGACGACGGAGACGGGGACUCGCUUUCCUCCCUCUCGGACCACCUGACCAUCUGGGUCGACGGCGAAGAGCACUGGAUAUCCGGCGUGGACGACAAUACGACCUGCGCAGAUCUGGUGUGGGCUCUGCUCAACUACCAGAAUAAUCCGCAGAGUCUGAGGAAGCCGACAUGGAACCAGGAGUACGCCAUUGUGCAGAAGCUGCAACACUACGAGGAGUACCUGGACGGGGGUGCCCGACUAGUUGAUGUUAUCUCGAAGCGACACGCUUCACUUCAUGGCGAGGAAAGCCAGCUCCAGCUACGCCACCUGGGACCUUCAUCGACGGUCAAGCACCCUGCGAUCACCGACAAGGAUAGUGGAAUGGGCAGUCCUGUGGAGAGUUCGCGCAGCGUUCGCUUCCGGCGUAGGGGCAGGCACAAGGGGCUCCCCCUGGCCCGAGUAGGCCAGCUUUUGGAAGGGGAGCAGUGGGGGGAGUAUGCGACUAGGGGCACCCCAAAGCAACCAAAGAGAAGCCGGAAACUACAAGUACGAAACGGCCAGGUGGCGCCAAACGAGACCCUGCUGACCACAAUAUUGGCUCAGGAUGAGACGAUCCUCCAGCAGAUGUCCAUGUUGCACGAAAAGGAUCGACAGAUCCGGAAAAUAGAGGAGGAGAAGCAUCUAAAGCGGGAAAGGGAGAUGGGCAAGAACUACCUCCUGGAAACGUACCUGAAGGACCUGGAAGAGCAGGAGGAGAACGCCCCUCAAGUACAAGAUCUCGAUGAGGGCGUGAUAAGGUUGCACCAAGAUCGAAACAUUGAAAUAGCUGAAGAACCCGCUUGUAAGGACGACGGCUCCGUAACUGACGAAAUGCGUUUGUUCUGGCUGGAGAAGAUCCACGCAGUGAACAAGCAGCUGCAGCGGGAAGAAGAACGGCUCCUCAGCCUGCACGCCAAAGUUCGGAGGCACCACGUGAAGCGGGCAUACCAAUCGAAGAGCGAGGUUCUCCAGCACAUCGAUAGACUCGACUCGGAGCUGGCGGCGCAGGUGGCGGAUAUUCUUCAGGUGGAGCGGAAGCUCUUCACGGCCAAUGAGCAGCUGAAAGCCAAGCUGGGCGUGCUCGAGUGUCUGGGUCGCGAAUUCGAAACUUCGGUAGCCUUCAACGACAAAGCUCCAUCUCCACUCACAGCUAGUGAGGAUAGGUUGACCAAGUUGAUUGACUCCUGCUCGCAGCACAAAGAAACCAAAAACGAUCUCCGUGUCUCAGCCGUCGGGCAACCAGUAUUAGAAGACCAUUUACCCAAAUCCAGCCGCAUCCAAUGUCUGAGCCAGCAGGAGUUGACAGAGAAGAACCUCAACGAUCGCCAUGUGCCCGACAAAGGCUUGUCCAAGCAACUGUUCAUGGAGGAGCCUUCUACCUCAACCAACACCAGGCCCACCAGGCUCGAUAAGUGUUAUGCUCCAGCUCUCUACUCUGCCGGAACGGACAUCCAACAUCUGGGUACUCUCGUUUAGAAUAUCGUUUAAGAGAUUUUCAAGUUUUUGUACCAAAUUAUCACCUAACCAAAUACAGAUUUGAUUCAUUGUUUAUGUUUUAAAUAUU